AUGCUAGUGUUUGUUUUCCUGGCUGUGAGACUAAGCUCAGAAAAUGAAUCCUCUUCCCAAACAAAUGAUUGUGCAUAUUUAAUGCAGCAGUGCUUGACUGAUACAAAUGGCUGUGAGCAGUCCUGGAGAUCAGUGGAAGACACCUGCCUUGCUCCAGGUGACUCCUGCAAGAUAAAUAACUCAUUGCAUUGUAAACAGAGUAUCCAGUCUUUGGUAGAAAACAAAUUCCAAUUUAAAGAGUGUCUUUGCAUGGAUGACCUCUACUGUACAGUAAACAAACUUUUGGGAAAAAAGUGCACCAAUAAGACAGAUAACAUGAAAAAGGAAAGUAAAUAUAAAUGGAAUCUAACUACUCCUUUAUAUCAUGGAUUCAAACAGAUGCAGUCUUGUUUGGAAGUGACAGAGGCGUGUGUAGGGGAUGUGGUUUGUAAUGCACAGUUGGCCCUUUACCUUAAAGCAUGCUCAGCAAAUGGAAAUCUGUGCGAUGUGAAACACUGCCGAGCAGCCAUACGGUUCUUCUAUCAAAAUAUGCCUUUUAACACUGCCCAGAUGUUGGCCUUUUGUGACUGUGCUCAAUCUGAUAUACCUUGUCAGCAAUCCAAAGAAACUCUUCACAGCAAGCCAUGUGCACUGAGCAUAGUUCCACCCCCCACUUGCCUCAGUGUAAUUCACACUUGCCGAAAUGAUGAAUUAUGCAGGACACACUAUCGAACAUUCCAGACAGAAUGCUGGCCCCAUGUGACUGGGAAGUGCCAUGAAGACGAGACAUGCAUUAGCAUGUUAGGCCGACAAGACCUUACUUGUUCUGGGAGUGACAGCUGCAGGACUGCCUACCUAGGAACCUUUGGGACAGUCCUUCAAGUGCCAUGUACUUGCAGGAGCAUUACACAGAAUGUUGAACCAUUGUGCAUGAUUUUGCAGCACAUGCUUCAUGGCAAAUCAUGUUUCAAUUACCCAACUCCUAAUGUCAAAGACAUUUCUUCAUAUGAAGGAAAGCAUUCAAAAGAAAUUACUCUGACUGGAUUCAAUUCUCCCUUUAAUGGAGAACUAAUCUAUGUUGUUGUGUGUAUGGUAGUUACCUGUGGAAUUCUCUUCUUGGUGAUGCUCAAGCUAAGGAUACCAAGUAAAGAAAGAGAUCCUUCACCCAUCGAAACGCCUGGAGGUGUCAUCAUUCAGUGA